AUGAAUAUUAAAUUUUUAAAUAAUAAUUUUAAUUUAAAACAAAUAACAGAAACAUUCAAUGAAGCAUUCAGUGACUAUGUAGUUAAACUUGUUAUUACUGAAGAUUCAUUAAUUCAAAAAAUUAAAGGCGAAAAUGUAUCAUCAAAACAUUCCUGUGGUGUUUUCGAUCAAGAUGGAUCAUUGGUAGCAUUUAUUUUGCAUGCAGUAGAUAACGACGAUAAACCAACCCAAUUAUAUAAUAGUGCAACUGGUGUAGUCCCAAAUUCCCGUAGUAAAAGAUUGGUAGAUGAACAAUAUAAAAUGAUGAUACCACUAUUUAGGGAGCAAGGUAUUAAAAGUGUAAUAUUAGAAGUAAUUUCCACUAACGAAAGAGCAAUCAAAGUCUAUGAUCGUUGUGGUUAUAAAACAGUUAGAAUGGUUAGUUCAUAUAGAGGAGAUUUAAAGAAAGACACAUUACAACAAUACUUGAAUCAAUCAAUUAAAAUAAAAAAAGCCCAACAAGAGGAACAACAACUUCCACAAGACUUAAUUGAUUUUGUAAAUCAAUAUUCCGAAUGUAAACCUUCAUAUUCAAACUCAAUCGAUUGUAUUAAAAGAGAAUUCGAACAAAAACUUAAUGAAAUUUGGGUAGCUUAUGGCAAGGAUCAAGUAACAGGUAAUGAGAUUAUAGUUGGUUUGGUUUCAAUACACACAAGUUCAAAAAGAAUUAGACAAAUAUUAAUCCAUCCAAAUUUUAGAAAUCAAAAUAUAGCAACCACAUUGGUUUAUAAAAUGUUAAAUGAUAUUAAUGACAAUACUAACCUUUGUUAUAAUAUUGCAAAUAUCGAUCAAUCUUACGUCCCAUUAUUAAAUUUCUUUAAUAAAAGAUUAAAUUUGCCUUAUUUGUUAUCUCAAAAAGAAAUGUUAUUAGAACUAUAA